AUGUUUUUGCUCUACUUUUCGAUGUUUUCAAGAAUUGUUUCCGCCGAGGGGGCGUUUUUCCGGAGCCAACAAAAAGACGAGCCAGAUCUCAGUGAUGAUGAAAAACUGCAGAUUUGCAGUGAACUGUUCUUCCAGUCUCCAAAAACUUUUCUUGCGCGGUACGGGAAGUAUUUGCUCAAGGAUGACAUACCUUUGUUCAGUGACUUUCGUGAUGAUUAUGAAGUGGAUUUUCAUCUUAGAGGUAUGUGCGAAAUUGAAGCUUUUGGAAACCGCGCUUGCGUUGUUCGAAAUCGGCGUUAUAACAAGCUACGCCACUUGGUAGAAGAAGGUCAGUACUUCAGCGAUUACGAGAUGCGUAAAAGGGAUCCAUUGCUGUACGAAAGUUUGAUUGGUCGAUUCCAGAGUGAACAAGAAGUCAGGGCUGUGUUUCAUAGCAACGAACACCAGUCAAGCACGUUGAGUGAUAUGAUCCUCAAGUUUUACGACACUAAAAAUGUAAGAAGUUUGCAUUUCAUAUCUCGGCCCUUAAGAGUAGUCAGGAAGAAUUAUUCCGAGCACGUCUGA